AUGCCACUUUUGAAUCCGGAUGUGGCCACUAAAAAGGCCACCUUCGGGAUGUCCUGAUUUUGGUUUCCCGAAGCCCUGUUUGGAUGUGCCCCUGGGGUCGUCCGAACACGGGUGGGUUAUGCGGGUGGGACGAAAGUCAACCCGUCCUAUUAUAACUUAGGCGACCAUACCGAAACCAUUGACGUGGAUUUCGAUCCCAAUGUGACAAGUUUUGAGAAGAUGCUUGAAAUGUUCUGGAAGAACCAUGAUCCAACUUCAAGAUGCACUCGCCAAUAUAUGUCCGCUAUUUUUUAUCGGGACGAGGAACAAAAAAGUCUGGCUGAGGAAAGUUUAGCCCGUGAAAAUCAGAAACGUAAUGGCAAGAUCAGCACCAAGGUUAUGCCCGUGGGCGAAUUUUACAUCGCUGAGGAUUACCAUCAGAAGUACUUGCUUCAACAACAUCCUUGGUUGUUGACGGCCUUGGACGUGGAUCCUGGCGAGGACUUAAAUGAGUCCCAUGUGGCCUGCAGACUCAAUGGCUACGUUGGUGGGUACGGAAAUUUCUCAAACUUUGAUCAAGAAUGGGAGAAAUUGGGCUUGAACGAGAAGAUGGCCACCUACGUCCGAAACCAAAUGAAGAAACGAGCCCAUUAACGAUACCAUGAGAUUCUAGAAUCCCCUAUAACACAAUAAAAUUGAGAGAAAAAAUAUUGUCAAGGCCGGAUCUACGUCAAAGGUGAAUUAUGAUGAGGUGAAAAGAAAAGGCGAUCUGCCCGGUUUCGCAUCGGAUGUUUGUCUCCUGUGGUAAGGCUUGUCAAUUUUGAAAUAUAUUCUUCACCAUUCAA